UCGACACUUUUGUGACUGCGGGGUGCUACGAGGUGCUGCGUUCGCAGGUGGGUUCGGGUUCCCUCCUGUUACGGUCCUCCUGCGGGGGCCGGCUGCUUGCGGGUGGUGGGGAUGGGACAAAACAUCUUCCUCUGCGGCCUAAUGGCUCCGGGAAAAUAAACUCCGUGGCUACUUGGGCCGAGCGCCGGACAGGGCCUCGGGCGCCUCGCCUCAGGCCGGUUCCGGGUGUCUGGUCAGUCUCAGGGCGUUUGGCGAUGGGAUUCUCGGGUCUUGUACUUAAGCUUUGAAAAUGGGAGACGUCACAGUUUUGCUUUUCCUGGAGACAAGUCUUUUGCAGAAAUACAACUCACAGCUACAUUGAAACAGGAGAACUGCUUGGUUCGGGAUGGCUAGAGAAUCAAGGGAAAGCACAACCCUGGACUCACACUCUGCAGAGGACCAGAUGGAGCUACUGGUCAUAAAGGUGGAACAAGAAGAGGUCUCCCCAUUGGCAGAGGAGACCAGUUGGCUGGGCAGUCCUGGGCCUGACCGCUCCCGCCAGCGCUUCCGUGCUUUCCGCUACCCAGACGCAGCCGGGCCCCGGCAGGCGCUGAGUCGGCUCCGCGAGCUCUGCAGACAGUGGCUGCGGCCAGACAUGCACAGCAAGGAGCAGAUCCUGGAGCUGCUGGUGCUGGAGCAGUUCCUGACCAUCCUGCCAGGGGAGCUGCAGGCCUGGGUGCGCGAGCAACACCCCGACAGCGGGGAGGAGGUGGUGGCACUGCUGGAGUACUUGGACAGGCAGCUGGAUGAGACACCUCCACAGGUUCCAGAUGAUGACGAUGGGCAGGAACUCCUUUGUUCCAAGGCAGUACUGUUGACAUCAGCUCAAGGCUCAGAAAGUAGCCAGAUGGAGUCCAUGGAGCCUCUGCUUAAGCAGGAGUCUUUGGGAUCCCUGCCCUCAGAAGUCAGAGAGCUUCUUUUUGUUGUAGUCACCCAGGCAGGGCAUUGUGGAGAAGAUGGAGUGACAGCUACCAGGCUCACAUCAGAGCUGCAGGGGCUGCUGAAAAUGGAAGAUGUAGCCCCAGGCCUUUCCCCGAGAUGGACAGAGCAGGAUUCAUCUCAGAUGAACCUCUACAAAGAUGAAAUGCAGGAGAACUCUGGCAGCCUGGUUUCCCUGGAUGAGAACAUGCAAACUAAGGUUAGGGACUUGCCUCCAGCUGAAGAAUACACAGAACAAAAGCCUGAGCAGACAGUGUGCUUCCUGGGUGAAGACACUGUCCAGAUUCCUACAGGUACAGAAGCCAGUGAGCAGGAAGGCAAGUUACAGACAACACAGAAGAAUGCCACGGGAAACAGGCGGUUCUACUGCCGUGAAUGUGGGAAGAGCUUUGCUCAGAGUUCAGGCCUAAGUAAACACAAAAGAAUCCACACUGGAUUGAAACCCUAUGAAUGUGAGGAGUGUGGCAAAGCCUUCAUUGGGAGUUCAGCUCUCAUUAUUCAUCAGAGAGUUCACACUGGUGAGAAGCCAUAUGAGUGUGAAGAAUGUGGUAAGGCCUUCAGUCACAGCUCAGAUCUCAUCAAGCACCAGAGAACCCACACUGGAGAAAAGCCCUACGAGUGUGAUGACUGUGGGAAAACCUUCACUCAGAGCUGCAGCCUCCUUGAACAUCACAGAAUUCACACUGGGGAGAAGCCAUACCAGUGCAACAUGUGUCCCAAAGCCUUUAGGCGUAGCUCACAUCUCCUGAGACAUCAGAGGACCCACACUGGGGAUAAAGAUUUUUUUGUUCCAGAACCUUACUGGGAAAGUCAGAGUAGGGUGGAAAGCCAUUGGGAAAAUAUUGAGACUCCUGUGUCUUAUCAAUGCAAUGAUUGUGAGAGAAGUUUCAGUAGGAUUACAAGCCUUAUUGAACACCAAAAAGUACACACUGGUGAGAAACCCUUUGAAUGCCAGACCUGUGGAAAAGGCUUCACCCGACCUUCAUACCUUAUUCAACAUCAGAGAAGACACACGGGGAAGAAAACUUCUGUCACAGUGACCCCUGCUGUACAUUCCGAAGUUGGUGUUCAACUGUCAUUGAACUGAAGCCGCUCUGGAGCUCUUAAUGACUGCAGAAGUCAUAGGCUAGGGCUCUAUUUAAUAAUGUACAUCCUCAGAUAUUAGGAAUCUGACUAAGACUUAUUAUCUUCUACAUUCUAGAAGGUGACUAUAAAAAAAAAAACUUAUUUCAUAGGAGAGUUGUCUGCAAGGGUUCUAACCUAUUGGAAUUAAAUGGGCUUCCUGACUGUCAAAUUGCCUUCCCUUGGCCUGCACUUCCUGUCUCUUGAGGGAAUGGUUAUGCUUUUUUUGGGAGGGGUGGGGGUGGGGAAGUUACUCUGACCCUUCUUUAGGCUAAUGAGCCCUUCACGUGUGGUCAGACUUGGAACUCUUGUGUCCUGCUUUGUGCCUUGUAUACAGGUGCUAACAAACAUUUAUUAAAUAUACUGGUGAGAUUUCCUACAUAGCUCUGAAAACCCAUUAUCUGGAAAUUCUCACCAAGGCCAUUUGUAUAUCUUUGAAAAAGAAGAUAAUGUUUUAGAUUGAAUCAAUGUAGUACUGCUUUGUUUUUGUUUUUUGCCAAGUACCCCAACUUGGCAGGGAAGAGGUGAAGGUGAGGUUAUUGUGCUAGAAUUCUUUAACUCUUUACCUAAUUUAGGAAUUCUGUGAGAGUGCCUUAAAUAGCUUUCUUAGCAUUAAGUCAUUGUGAAUGUGCCACCCAUGGAAUUCCACUAAUAUUUUUUUCCUGUUAAUUUUAUUACUCUUGAGAGAACAGAAAAGAAAAGAAAAAGUUAAAAAAAAAAAACUUUCCUACUCAUGUAGUGUGAAAAUCAGUUUCAGAAUAAAGUGAUCAAUGUCUAA